AUGGCCUCAACAACGACCAAGCAGUCCUACGUUGGGACGAGCAAGGUCGUCGAGACCAAGUACCCGCUCAUCGACAACGACCCUCACUUUAAGCGAGUUGUCGGAUAUGCGCGAACCUCAGACUACGUAGCUGGAGCUGCUGCCGCGGCUUUUGCUCCCGCCGGACUCUACGCCCUCGAGAGACUCGCCCCGUCACACGUUGGCCGAGGCGGUCUUGCCAAGGCCAUGCGCCUGGCCGGCUUCAUCGGUUUGGCCGGCGGUUUCCUCUACUUUUACCAGCGAUCAGCCCUUCGAUUCUACGGCGCCACCGAAAACGCAAGAGAAGUCGACCUGGACAUGCGGGAAAUGGUCGCCAAGGUCAAGGCUGGCGAGCCCCUCUACGGCGAGAGCAGGCUGAACUCGCACCUCCAGGGCGUUGCCGCCCGCCAGAGCAGAUACUCGGCCCUCUUCUUCAGCACGGUGCCAUGGUUCAACUUUGUCAACCACAACCAGCACGGCGUGGACACGGCAAAGUACUACCAGCAGGCUGAGAGGGAGCUGGAGGCGGAGCGAAAGUAG